AUGACGUCUUCAAGUUUAAAAGGAAAACGAAAAGAAUGGAACACAGAUCACAUGACAGAAUCUAUACGAAUGAUUAGAGAGAAAAAAAUGGGUUAUUUUAAAGCAGCAAAACACUUUGAUGUACCAAGAACCACUUUGUUUCGAUUGUGUCAGAAAAAUGAGCUAUAUCCAGAAGAAGCUGCAGCCACUAAAUUAGGAAGAAAAUCUGUUUUAGGUGAUCAGCUCGAAAACCUACUAGUAGAAUAUAUUUUAAAGAUGGAGAGCAAGUUUCAUGGUUUGACGAGGAAUGAUGCUCGUAGAAUGGCGUAUAUGUUGGCAAAACGCAAUCAUUUGGAGAAUCCGUUUGGCCUUUGGCCAUUGAAUAAAAACAUAUUGAGCGAGAUCGACUACCUUGCUGCCCAACAAGAUGCAGUAAAAGAUGCUUGCACAAUCAAUGCCACUCCAACAAAAUCAAGCUCCCAGUCGAAAGAAUCAUCAACAAACGAUGCAAGACCACCUGAUAAUAGUUUGAUUUUAACUGAAACUUCUGUCACAUCAAGACAAGACACAUAA